UACUCCGUUUUUGUCAUUGGUUUAUUGGACGGGUGUCUCGGCUUAGAAACCCGUGCACACCAAAGUCUCCAAACAUCGGAUGAUUCAGAUCCCAACUGGGGACUCUCUUGUUGUUUUUGUUUUGUUUCAAUUCUAGGAGAAACAACUGCGAAUUUAUAACUGUUUACUCUUUAGCGAUAGAUACUGAAGUUUAAAUUGGAGGGUUGAAGUUGAUGAUGGAGAAUUCACAAGAUUUAUGCAACACAGAGGGAGAUGGGGAUGGAAGGAAGGCCGUGGCUUCUACAUCUUAUACCCCAACAGCAGGCAGCUCUGGGUAUCGGUUGUUUGGUCGUCAAGGGUCAGUGCACAACUCCUUGGGUGGAGGCCAAGCUGCUGAUGUUUUGUUGUGGAAGCGGGGGCGUGUUUCCUUUGGUGCUAUCGUUGUUGCUACAAUUUCUUGGCUCCUCUUUGAGCGGUCUGGAUUAUCAUUCUUAUCAAUUUGUUCAGAUGUCUUGCUGAUUUUGGUUGUACUGUUAUUUCUUCAAGCCAACUAUGCUGUUUUCAGAAAUAAACAAUUACAAACAUUACCGGAGCUAGUACUAUCAGAGGAAAUGGUUAAUAAUGCUGCAGCAUCAUUUCGUGUCAAAAUCAACAAUGUGCUGCUUAUGGCUCAUGACAUCACGCUUGGCAAAGACUUUAGACUGUUCUUCAAGGUGGUGGUUUGUCUCUGGCUAUUGUCUGUCAUAGGCAGCUUUUUCUCAUUCUUUACACUUGCUUAUAUUGGUUCAAUCAUAUCGAUAACACUUCCUGCCUUGUACAGCAAAAAUGAAGAGACUGUGGAUAGGUGUUACGGAAAGAUCCACCGACAAUUUUCAAAGCAUUAUAAAAUCGUGGAUGAGGGUGUUUUCAACAGACUUCCGAGAAAUGUACCCAAGGACAAAGAUUCCUAAUGCGGAAAACUUAGAUGCAGACUCAUAAAGUCAUUGAUGGCAUACCAUUGAGUUCGGAAUUUUGUUUUGUUAUAAAGUUGUCGAUAUGUUGCUUUGCUACUGCUUCCUCAUACAAGACCUAGCAGAGUUUUCCAUUGUUUUUGUUCUGGUUCAGUCAUCUGUAUGUUGCUUUCUAAUUGUUUGAUGAGGACGUGAAAUGUGCGGUUACUUAAAUGGGCAGAGUUUUCAGCAUAGAACCAUU